AUGGCUACUCUCGCAACCACACCAAGGCCACCAGCGCGUACUCCCGCAAGGCCGAGCAUUGCACGUCCAUCGACGGAAACGACCAGCGAACCUCCUAGCAAGAAACGCAAAUUCAUGAAAUACAUCGCGGGCGGGCCAGGAGGGGGAGGACGAUGGGUAGACGCCGAUGGCAACGACAUUACAGACCCUUCACUCAUUCCGCCUCCGGUGAGAUCAGUGCAGAGAUCAAGGCGGCGACCCCGGCAAGCUCGAGAGCCGCAUGAUGCAGAUGAGGAUGAUGAUAUGGAGCAUAUUGAAGGGGAGACGCCAUCGAGCAACAGGCUGGCGGUACAGAACAGACCGAGACGUGAGAGAACUUUACAAGAGCGCUAUGUGCCGCCUGUUGCGACGCCGCGGCCACGAUACAGUAGUGCUGCGGCGGCGGCAGCGGCCAGCCAACAGAGCGAUGGGUACAAGCCAAGAGAAGAGCGGAGCUGGGACGACUUUCACCCGGAUCUGGACAUUGAGGCGAAUCUGUUCGUCUUCACGGCAGAUGAGGUGGAUGGGCGAACGCCAAGGCAAGAGAUCAAGUCUUCAUUGCUCAGAACCGCAAGCAUGCUUGAAGAGGAGAAGCCUAUUCUGAAUGGUGAUGUGGAAAUGAAGGAUGCUCCAGGAGAAGAUGAGUUGGAGCAAGAUCCGCAUGGUAUUGUAGUGACACCUGUCAAGCGGAAGCCUGGUAGACCUCCAAGGAGACUGGAAUCUAUGCUUUCUGGUCUAGGUUCACCACCAGCGCCACGAAUCCUGCCAUUGCCAACCCACAACCCGAAGGAACGUCUGAAUCUUCCCAAGCCAUCUUUUAGACAGUUCAACCACUUCUUGCAAUACGAAGACGACGCGAAAGAGAACAAGGUCAAUUACGUCGACCGGACCAUGUCACACAUCGGCUUCCAGGAGACUGACCGCUAUGUACUGCCACUGGAUGUCUUGAUACGACUUUCCGAAGGUCAACAGGUCGAGGAUGAAGCAGAAGUGAGCUUGCGACUGGAAAGCGAUGGUGUUGUCGAAAAUGCGUCCACGGCACCAGUAGUCGGCAGAGUUGAGUACGAUAUGGACGAGCAGGAUGUCGCAUGGCUCGAGGAGAUCAACGAGCAGCGUAAAGCUGAAGGUGUAGAUGCUAUCAAGCCUGCGAUACUCGAAAUCACCAUGACCCAGAUCGAGAAGGAGUAUCAUGCCCUGGAGAAGAGGAUCCCGAAACCACAGCCGCGGCACGCUCAAACGCAUAGGCCUCGUUCGAGCUCACAAGCGGCAGUGAACGGCGAUCCCAACCCUCCCGGAGACGAGCCAGAUAGUAAAUGCUCGAUCUGCGACGAUGGAGACUGUGAGAAUGCCAACGCGAUAAUAUUCUGCGACGGCUGCGAUCUCGCAGUCCAUCAAGAAUGCUACGGUGUUCCUUUCAUUCCCGAAGGUCAGUGGUUCUGCCGGAAGUGUAAGGAGAUAGGUCGUGGUACCCCAACAUGCAUCUUCUGUCCGAAUGUGGAUGGCGCGUUCAAGCAGACCAGUACCCUACGCUGGAGUCAUCUGCUGUGCGCGAUAUGGAUUCCCGAGGUCAAUAUUGCGAACAUGACCUUCAUGGAGCCGAUCUCGGAUGUCGACAAAGUGCCCAAAGGUCGCUGGAAGCUCAAUUGCUACAUUUGCAAUCAGAAGAUGGGCGCUUGCAUUCAAUGUGGCAACAAGAACUGCUAUUCCGCGUUUCAUGUCACUUGUGCUCGCCGAGCCAAGCUAUUCUUGAAGAUGAAAUCGCAGAACCAGCAGGGUCUGGAUACUUCUGCGUUGAAGGCUUUCUGCGACAAGCAUGUUCCCCCGGAAUGGCGACGUACACACGAUACCGACAAUGCCAUCGUGGAGGCGAAACGCUGGUAUAGACACGCCUUCAAGGAUAGAAAGUGGGCAGACAGUCAAACUGCGGCACUCGAGCUAGGCGCACCUCCUCUUCCCGACGGAGGACUGAUUGGCGACGGUAGUGUGCCGGAAGACACUAUUGCAGUGACGAAGCGACGACGUACCCAACCGCAAAAGCUUAGUUGGCGACUGCCGUCUGGUGCGCCUGUGGUCCCUGCUGUCGUCUUCAAUAGCGUAGACAACAGCAUGACUCGCUUCACGAUCCGCAAGCGCAAAGAGUUCGUGGAGAAGGCGGCAAAGUACUGGACCUUGAAGCGAGAGGCUAGGAGAGGUGCGGCACUGCUGAAGCGCUUGCAGUUGCAGCUGGAGGGCUUCUCGACUAUGGAGGUCACUCGCCGCAACUUUGCUAGUAUGGGUGCUGUUGGCCGACCGAGACUGAUUCGCCGUAUCGAGUUCGCUGAGAUGCUGCAGAGGGAUAUGAAGAAUCUUACCACAUUGACAGCGCAAGUCAAAGAGCGAGAGGAGCUUCGCCUGAAGGAGGUCGAGAUCUUGAGACAAUUGUUGGACACGUUGUACUUUCCUAUAUCUGCCAUGCUCGUGCCGAUACUUGCACGUGCUCAGAAACUCGACGAAAAGACACGCAUGUUCACCGACGGCUUCGAGGAGAUGGCUCAUCGACUUCGCGAACGCUAUUACACCUCCGUCCAAGACUUCUCCCGCGACUUCUCGCACAUCGUCAGCAGAGUCGUGAUCAGUACCACCGACCAUGAAGGGACAGCAGAUGCAGAUAUCGAAGCUAUACACACCGCACUGCACGAAGUCAAACCUGGCACGGCCGAGCAUCACGCUCUCUCCCAAGAGCAGAAGGAGAUCAAGAAGCUGGCUAAGCGGAUUGUGAAAGCUGUCAAGGAGCCGUUGGAGGAAGCCCUGAAGAAGGAAGCUGCUCUCAAGGGCCGUGAGCACGAGGAAGCUUUGCGCAAACUUGAUUCCAUGGGUAUCUUUGCCUCCACUAGAGCGCUUGAAGAUGGUGGGGCGGAGAACGGCAACGUGGCUGGUAAGCGCCGCUCUGACUCGGAUCUGUCUGCUGUCGCAGAUGCGUCGUCUAGUCGUGGGGACGUGGACAUGGUGGAUGCUGACGGCCGUACGGACGAAGCGGUCAUCCAUCUCGAUGUUGGUGGUCAAGUUGACACUGUCGCCAUCCUUCCUGCUCCGCGGGACCAGACUCCUCGAUCCAAGGCUGGCAGUCGCGCGAGCUCGAACAAUGACGAUCAUGUGCUGAAGGAUGGGACGAGCGGGAAGCCCACGGAACCAAUCUCCCCACCCAUUUCUACAGACCUACCGUCGAACUCAGCAAGUGGACAUGGCCUUCGUCCCACUACCGCCAUCAGCGUCUCCUCCGCCAACGCAGACGCCUCAGAUGUCUUCGCGCAAGGUGGCGUGCCAUGGUAUCUUGAACCUUUCGAUCCUGUGGGCACGACCGUGCAUGAGGAGCGGUAUACUGGUCGUGCUGUGUUGCGUGAUAUGUCGGAAGAGCUGUCUGAUAUGGAUGAGGAUACUUUGACCGAGCUGGCGGGUAGUGGGAUGGGUGAUUCUACUCCCUUGGGUAAGGCUGCGAAUGGUGGUGAGGCGGAUGGGGAGGUGGAGGCGGGUAAGAAGAAGGCUAGUGCGAGAAAGAAGGCUAGGAGUCGGAGGUGGCGGUGA